AUGAAGAACAUUCCAUAUGCUUCUGUUGUUGGAAGUCUUAUGUAUGCUCAAGUAUGCACAAGGCCUGACAUUCCAUUUGCCGUUGGAAUCUUAGGAAGAUAUCAGAGUAAUCUAGGUAUGGAUUACUGGAAAGCUGCAAAGAAGGUGUUGAGAUAUCUUAAAGGAACAAAAGAUUACAUGCUAAUGUAUAGGCAGACGGACAAUCUUGAUGUGAUCGGCUAUUCAGACUCCGACUUUGCUGGUUGUGUUGAUUCUCGUAAAUCAACAUCGGGAUAUAUUUUUAUGAUGACUGAUGGAGCUAUUUCAUGGAGAAGUACUAAGAAAACCUUGGUUGCUAAUUCUACUAUGAAGUUAACAGCUGUCUUUAUGGCUAAGAACAAUAAAAGUGGAAGUCGAAGCAAGCACAUCGACAUAAAGUAUUUAGCCAUUAGAGAAAGAGUUAAAGAUAAAAUAGUAGUUAUUAAUCAUAUUAGUACUGAUUUAAUGAUACUGAUCCUUUGA